GUCGAAUCAUACACACAUUUCUUUAGAGAAUGUCGCAUGCUUUCUAACCUAACAUUUUCUUUACGGCAGGACAGAUCAAGCGUACGGCGUACCAAAUCAUGGCACUUAACCUAACAGUCAAGGUACACCCGGUGGUUUUGUUUCAAAUAGUGGACGCUUACGAACGACGAAAUGCAGAUUCUCAUCGUGUCAUCGGAACUUUACUCGGGACGGCUGAAAAAGGUGUGGUUGAAGUAACAAAUUGCUUCUGCGUACCGCAUAAAGAAUACGAUGACCAGGUGGAAGCAGAACUGAAUUAUGCCAUGGAUUUGUACGAUCUUAAUCACCGAGUUAAUGCCCAGGAAAAUAUUGUUGGCUGGUGGGCCACUGGAACUGAGGUGACCACACAUUCAUCCGUUAUACAUGAAUAUUAUGCUCGAGAAUGCAAUAAUCCAGUUCAUUUAACGCUUGAUACUACCUUGGCGGAUUCUACGAGAAUGGGAAUUAAAGCAUAUGUCUGCGUUCAACUAGGUGUGCCUAAUGGAAAGCAAGGAUGUAUGUUUACUCCCACAAAAGUACAGAUAACAUGCUAUGAACCCGAAGUUGUUGGUCUUCAAUUAUGUGCCAAGACGCAACUACAACCCCAAGUCCCAGUAACUGGAGUAGGUAAACCAGGCGGAGGAGUGGAACCAAUGAUGGAUCUCGCACAAAUUGCAGAAGCAAGCUCGAAACUUACUUCCAUGCUCGAUCAAGUGCUUGCGUACGUCGACAACGUUUUGUCCGGGAAACAACCACCUGAUAAUCAGGUAGGACGAGCUCUCUUGGAUAUGGUUCACUCGGUGCCAAAGAUGACGAGCGAACAGUUUGACGAAAUGUUUAACAGCAAUGUAAAAGACCUUCUAAUGGUAGUGGCCCUGUCACAAUUGAUAAAGACACAGCUCCAGCUUAAUGAAAAAUUGACGCUUUUAACAACCUUGUAA